AAUUAAUAAUAGGGCCUGUCGUGUUUUUCCUCACAUGUUCUUAGGGGCCUACUAUUUGGGGAUUAUUCUUGUCUGAAAGAACCCACUGUCCUGCACAUUUUAGAUUUCUCCCUGCCCAACUCACCCACUUUAACUCAGGAAGAGCUGUUAAUUAGCUGAUUGAUUGGACCAGGUGUGCUGGGAUCAGGGAAAACACUCAAAUGAGUAGGACAUGGGACAUUUCACAGACUGCAGUCUUUCAUGCAAAACGGUUUUUUAUAACGAUGGUUUUUGGGACAACUUUGAGAAUACUUUGAUCUGGGGAGAAAUAAUAAGAGGUGGUGUGAGAAAUGGAUGUGCGCGCGGAUCUGAGAGUCAUUCCAGCUUCAUCCCAGAGUCGGAGUCGGUUCCUGAAAUUUGUGCGGCUCUUCCUUUUCCUUCUCUCUGUGGCUGCUUUUGCUAGAGUAGCUAUUGUUGAUGCACAGUCAGUGGAGGCUGCUUGCGAAAGCUAUGUCCUCCCGAUGUGCACGCGCGAGUAUGACCCCGUGUGCGGGUCCGAUGGGAGGACCUACCCAAACGAGUGCAUGCUCUGCUUUGACAACAUGGAACAUCAACUCAACACUUACAUAGUCCACAAAGGACGCUGUUGAAACAGCUGUUUGUGUGAACUGGAAUUAUAAUGCAUGUCCUGAUUAUAAUCAGUGAAAAGACUCUUUACUAUGGAAUUUUUUUUUUUUUUUUUUUAAAGUGUUUUAGAUGUCAUUUUCCUUAUGUAUUUUGGGUUUUUAAUCCUAUAUUAAAGAAGUGAUUUCUGCCAGAUCAGGCACAUAAAAAUGUGUUGUCCUGUAAUAAUAAUGAGCCGUUGACCUCCAUGCUCAUUAAGCAGCAGCUUCAUAUACAACUGUGCAUUUAGUGCACAAAUUUAAUAACAUUUUUGUGCAAGGGUAUAAAGAUCACAAGCAAAAAGUUUAUUCCUGCUAAUUUGGCAUGACAUUUUAUAUCCAAACACUCAGUGUAAAUCUCACUCAUUGUGUAUGUCAACAACUAAAGAAGAAUCUGCCUAAUCUCUACAGCUGUUCUACUCAACCAGUGGAGAACAAACACGUUUUGAUCUGGGGAAAACGCACAUGAGCAAGAUGGGUAAGGUAUAAAAUGCAAUGAGGCAUACUGUGGAAAAUAAUGAGAUCCAUGAUCACCACGAAGUUCAGUACUUUCAAAUAAAAAUGUUCAAAGCCACAAAGCUCUUCAUUCUCAAGCCUUUUUUGUCAAUUUAAACAGUUUGAAGUUUACUUCUGUCUGUUACAAAGUGUUAUUUAAAAAAAAAAAAAAAAAGUAAAUAAAAGAAAAAUUAAUGAGGAAUUUAUCCAGUGAUGCCCUCAUUUAAAAAAUAAGUGUUCACUACUCUGUAAUGUUCAUUGCUGUAAUCUAGAGAAUUAAUGAGGGGAAAACAGUUGUCUGGAUAAGUGCAGAUAGCAUUGAAUCCAUAAUAUGAAUAAUGGAUGGUUUAAUGUAUUUCUCACUGCAAAUAUGUAGCACUGUGCUGUUUUAACAUUUACUUAAACAGAUUUUGUGUCUAUAUAUAACAAGCACAAUGGAACGUUAUGGGGCUAGUGUAAGAGCUUAUCAAGAUUUUAUCAUAUUCAAAGACCAACAACUGGCUUUUUUUUUUUUAUUAAAUAUAUAUUGGACCUAUAAUGAGUCGUUUGGGAGUCGGCUCUUGGGUGACCUGAGCCGAGUGCUCUGGUUCACUGAAUCACUCGCUGACGCGCGUGUCUUCAGAUUUCCCAUCAUUAUUCUGUCUUCUAUUCUCGCACUGGAAUUACCCUUUAAAGUGGGCUUUUGUUCUGUUUUCUGUGACUGAUGUACCCUGUUUCUGAUACACUCAUCUGAGAUGGGAAACCUUCUCAAAUGACGAGAAACUCGUUUCUUUGCUUUUUUUUAAAAAAAAAAAAAAAAAAAAAAAAAAAUCUCUUCGAUAGCCUGUAUUGUAAACAGCUCGUUAACGAUCUUUGGAAAAGCUCAACGCUCGAGCGCCGCCUGUCGACAGAGUGAUAAAGGGGCGCGCGCACGGACCUUACCCUCAUUCCAGCCUUUUCCCAGCAUCCGAAUCACUUCAUCAUGUU